CUUCCAUUCAUCAACAGCCCUCAAUAAAGGUAACUGUCAUGCUGAAUGUUCAUUCUUUUGUGCAUGUAAAUCUAUCUUUAAUACCCUUUACCGUGCAGUGCCUCAAUAUUGAGGCACCAAAAGUAUGGUUUUCAUGGCGCCAUAGACACAAAGCAUAUGCUCCCAGAGACUUCUCACCUCAAUCCAGCCAAUCACACACCUUCUGGUUGGAGCUUGAAGGUGGAGUCACUUGGGUAUUGUCCUCUGCUCUUGGCUGGGAGCUCCUCAAGUGUUCAGUACUGCUUGACUUGUUGAAGGAGCAGCAUUUCGACCCUCACUCUCCUGAUAUUUCACCAAUUUACACCACUCCAGAAUGUCGUUGAACACAAAUGUGUUUUAUGGAUCAAGGGCUCAAAGAAGAAGGGAUUACAUCGUGCCAGUUACAUGAUGACAGUGACCCUAAUGAGGAAGUGGAUUCUGGAGAUGAUUAUGAGCCACAGGCAGAUGCUUCUUCUUCAAGUGAAGAUGAACAUGAAGAUUUGUCUAAGAGAAGUGGGCAAGUUAAUGUAAAACGAAGAAAUGUACGAAAACAAGCAGUUAAAGAUGACGAGGUUGAGGUAGAUGAAACAACUGUCAACAACACUAAUGCCACCUGGAGCAAACUUGACAUAACAAAUACUCCAUUACCUGACUACAAACAUGAGGUACCAACACAUAUCAAGGAACCAUUUCAAUAUUUUUGUGAAUUAUUUACUGUAGAAAUGUUAGAAAGUCUUGUAUUUAACACAAACUUGUAUGCAACACAGAAAGAUGUUAAUACUAACUUCAACACCACUAGUGAAGAGCUUAUGCAAUUUGUUGGAAUUCUGAUAUUCAUGAGUAUGGACACCCUGCCCUCUUUAGAGGAUUACUGGUCCCAUUACCACUGUCAUCCUGAUAUUACAACUGUUAUGACAUCUAAAAGGUUUAGGUUACUAAGGACAGCUAUUCAUAUAAAUGAUAAUACCAAGGCAACAACUGACAGGUGCCAUAAAGUAAGACCACUGUUUGAAGGUCUAAGAAAAGCAUGCCUAACAGUUCCAGGUACACCAAAGCAAUCAGUUGAUGAGGUAAUAGUGGGAUAUAAGGGAACAAGAGCAGGAAAUCUCAGGCAACAUUUCAGGACCAAGCCUGAUAAAUGGGGAUUUAAACUUAUUUGCCGGGCCAGCGAUGAUGGAUUUAUACAUGACAUAAUGAUGUAUCAAGGUCAAACAACAUUUGAUUAUCACAGUGUUAGCCUAACAGAGGAGAAGAAAAUGCCUAUAAGUUCCAAGGUUGUUAUUUGCCUUGCAAAGACUAUGGACCACACAAAGACCAGUGCAAUUCAUGCAGAUAACUUCUUUACCAGUUUGCCUCUAGUGAAAUAUCUGCAUGCUACAUUCAAUUGCAGGUACACAGGCACUGCAAGGAACAGCAGAAUUGGAAAACCACAUGGAAAAAACAAAGGUGAAAAGGAGUGCUAUGGAUUACUGUUCAUUGGAUGGUGUCCUUGCUGUACGUUGGAAAGACAGUAAGGUUGUUACUUUACUGACUAAUGAUAUUGGCAUCUACCCAGUGACAAAGAUAAAGAGGUUCAGCAAGGAGCUCAAACAAAAGGUGGAAGUUGACUGUCCUGCAGUGAUAAAGAAUUAUAACGCCCAUAUGGGGGGCAUUGAUAAGAAUGAUAUGUUGGUGCAUCUCUACAAGUCUCCACUCAAAGCAAAACGCUGGUACAUGAGGCUCUUUGGAAAUACCAUUGAUCUUUGUUGUGUCAAUGGCUGGUUGUUGUACAGGCAUGACUGUGGUGCUUUGAAAGAGAAAUACAUGAACCUCAGGGAAUUUUGGUUUUCCAUCUCCAAUUCUGCAAGAAAGUCAACCAAUGGAAUCCCAAGGAGCCUGAGAUCUCCAAGUUGUUCAACUUCACAGUCUUCUUCACUUGAUGACAUUCCCAAUCGGCAUAGAAAAAGGCCUCAUGAUACAAUAUUUGAUGAAACACAAACACACUGGCCAGUUUCUGCAAAGAGGCUUUCAUGUAAACAUUGCAACACCAAGAACAAGAGGACCUACUCUUCCUUUGCUUGUUCCUUCUGCAAGGUUAAUUUAUGUCUAAAUUCAAUGAGGAAUUGUUUCCUGGAAUUCCAUAAGCAACAACAUGCUUAAAUUCCUCUGAUAACAUUUUUGUAACAUUUUUUUCAAUUUUUUAUAAAAUGUCAAUUACUAAAAAUGUGUUAAAUUUAUUGAAAUCAAGUUUCUGUGCCUUUU